UCGUCGGGUCGUAAAAUGUAAAUAAACAGCGUCAGCAAAAGAAGAAAAGCCACCAAAUCAAAAGCCGUUUGAAGAAAUCGAUUUUCCGGAGUUAGUACCAGCAAAAAUCCAGUCUUAUAGUGCUCAUCCGUUUCCGGAAUGUGCGAAGCACUCGGAAACAGUUUUAUUCAGUGUGAUUAAAUGAUGAGGACAACUAAUUUAACAGUAUGACCAGCUUCACCUGUCGAGUUUGUGGGAACGUUCCGCUGGUGGUGCCGAACGACCCGAAACCGUUUGCCGAGGUGGCCGCUGUGUACUACAAGAUCACGGAUCUUCAGAACGUUGACGAAUCAUCGCUGCCCAAGAAUGUCUGUCAAUUUUGCUAUGGCAAAUUGGUAGAAAUAGACUGGUUUGGAAAGAAUUGCAUUGCGUCGUAUGGUCGAAUGACAACAACGUAUCCGUACGGAUCAGAUCAUGAACAGCACAACAGAACAGCAUUUAAUAUGUAUCCGGAUGAACAAAGAAACAGUUAUUCAACAAAUACCAUCCAACAACUGGAGCCGCUUGGACAUAUUAUGAACUAUCCAAACCCACAAGCACAUGCUGAAAUGGUUGCACCAAACUCUGUUUUGGGUACGGAAAAUGUAGAAUUUUCACAGUCUCCACCAAAACCCAGUGGUGCAUCACAUUCUAAAAGUCAUCUGGAAAAGUCUCGAUCUACUCAUAGUUCCGAUUUGACUGCCAUACAUAAUCGGUUGGAUCAGCUAGGAGCUAAGUUGGAUGGCCACAGUGCAAUACUGCAUCGGAUUGAGAUGUUUAUGCUGAAUUCCUCUUAUUCCAAACCAGCAGAACAGCAGCAGCCUCAUAAUCGGGAUGAUUUUCGACUGCGCAGUGGCGAGAAUUUCGAUGAAUUCGAGCGAAUGCCUAAAAUUGUAACUAAAGAACAGCUUACUGAGCUGGAUGCGAAGCUAUCAAACCCUGAAUAUGAGGCUAAAUUCUUCCGAUAUAUUCAAUCAGUUUAUAAGCUCACUGGAAAACGUGAGGGCUUUCCGUUCUUCAAGACCGUCAUCAGAAGAUUGAUGGCCCCAACCGUGCUGGUCUGCUAUUCCUGGAAGGGGAACAGUCGUACGAAGAAAGGCGAUCAAACAGCCGUUGUGAAUGAUCAAAAUUAUAGCUUCAAGAAUAUGUUCCCGAAUAUCGUUAGAUUCAUCUACCGCGUUGUGAGUGCAGCAGAUUUCGAGUACACCAGCGAGGAUAACGAGAAAGCCUUCAGCGAUUAUCUGCGACAGAAGACGACGGAAAUAAAACGGUUUCUACAUUCGAACGGCGUUCAACGAGAGGCUUGUACCCGGAAACGAAGAAGGAAAAUGCAGCCACCGGCAGCAGCUGACGAUGGUGGCAGCAGUGCCGGACAAGAUCAGGGCCAGGAUCAGGAAAUUUACGGCGUAAACGACACUACCGAUGGUGACUUCAGCUACGACGAAGAAACAGUUUCCGAUAAUGGUGAUGACGGGGUGGACAUAAAGCAGGAGGCAUAUGGGUCUAAUGAUGUGGUUUAGACAAAACAUGAGUGAAUAAAGAGUAAUUUAAUCCAAAAGCGAAA